GCUAUUCACCAAAGCAAACAUAUCGAAUCAUAUCGUCCGCCCGCCACAACUAGUCGUUUUUCAGCAACACCUUUUACACAAACGGCAAGCUUGAAAAUAAUUUACAAAAGGAAAGUAACUAUUAAAGAUGGAAGAAAUACGAAGUAGCUUAGACAAUAUAAUGGCACGCUUCAAUGAUAGCAUUACACACUCAGCGCCCAAGAAGCUCAGUUUCGACCGGCUUUCCAUGUCGUUCAGCGAAGACUCUGUGACAGUGCCAAAGAAACGCCGCAUCGAUAGCCUGGAUACUAGUUCAGCGAACGCCAGCUUCAAUGCCAGCAAUACGUCGCUAAAUAAUUCAUUCACUGAUCCCGUGGGUCCUUGGCAGACGCGCAAACUGCGUGCCGAACUCAUCGAAACGAAGGCCAUAGUAAAUCAACUGCAGGAUCAACUAGGACAGCAGGCGAAGGAGCAUCGAGGAGCGCUAGCUUUGGCCGAAAGCAAGGCAGCAGCACUUAAGGAGCAAUGUGACUAUACAAGCAGCAAGCUAAUCGAGCAGGAGAAGCAACUACAGGUGAUACGUAAAAGGGAGCACAACGCUCGUCAGGAAGCAAAUCGUACCAUCGCAGAGCUGGCCCAACAGAAGCUCAAAUACGAGACGGCGUUGAGCCGAGUGGAACAAGAGAAAACGCAGCUGGAGGAGGAUGCUCGGGAAGUACAGCACUGCAUCAACAAUGAGCUAAGCGAAUACAAAAGAAUGUGCGAACGUGCCGAAAUGGAAUUAAGGGUGACACAGGAGGAGCUGGAGCGCAUCAGAGAGCGUCACGAUGAAUAUAAGGAAACUGCUGCAAACUACGAGCAGCUGCAGUUGAACUACGAAAUGCAGCAACAGAAUUUAAACACAGCGAAUGCGCGCAUUAAGGAGCUGGAGUAUGAAAUACAAUCGUAUGCCGAUUGGAAGGAGGUGACUAAGACGUCACAAGCACGUUUGCUCAGUGUGCCAGAGCUGCAAUCCGAAUUGGAACGACUGCGUCUACACAAUAAGCAACUGAAUUCCUUGAUUGGGGACAAAUUGCUGCUGGAGGAACAGGUGCACGAUUACAAGACACGUCUCGAUCGCGAGGAGGGCGCCCGUGCCGAAGCAGCUGCACUGCAGGUGAAGUUGGCGCAUGUCGAGCAGGAGUUGAAGGAGUGGGUGAAAAUUGCACAAGAUCAUUGUCUGGCCAAUACGCUCGUUAGCCCCAUGGCUCUGCGCACACGUAUCGAACAGCUGCUCCAAGAUGACAUCGUACGCAUGGCAGAGAAGAGCAGCGCCGCUCUAGACUCCAAGCAAUUGCAGACGUCGGUGCGUGAGCUGGAGCAGAAGUGCGCCGUCUAUCUAAAGAACAUUGAUGAUAUGAAUGUGGUACUUAAACGCCAUAAGAGCUUCCGCGAGCGACUGCAGCGCAAAUUGCUGAUUGUGUGCAAGGAGCGCGACUUCUAUAAGCAGCUGCUGGAGAAUUUCGACAAAGAUCUCAAUAUGACAAAUGCGAGCACCGCUGAAAUGACCAACGAUAUGCAGGUGCGCUACCGUGUCGAAGUGCUGGAACGCACCUUGACAGGCUACAAGGAGAUGUGCUCAACACUCGAGCGUGAAAUGCAAACGAUGCGGCAGCAGGAAUCGUUGAAUGAUCCGCCAAUCACUGAGAGUGGCUACGAUGGAGUUAAGCGAGAGCUGGAUACGCUGCGUAUGGAGAACGAGCGUCUUAGGCGUCGCAAAGACGAACUCGAGCUGGAAAUGGAGCAUCGUUGCCUGCGCGGCGAUUUCAACAUGGGCAACUACAAGGUUCUGCAUCUGAGCGAGAAUCCCGCUGCACAGGCAUACGAGGCGACCAAGAAUGUGGUCGAAAAGCUGCAGGCGGAGAUUGAGCGCUUGAAGCGUCGUAAUAAGAAGCUGGAGGAGGAUCAGGAACAGACACAAGCGCGUUUCAAUGAAACCUGCAGCAGCAGCAAUGCUGGCGGUGGCAUGACCAUGAAUUUCAAGGAAUUCAAUCAGCUGCGCGCUGAACUGGAAUCGGCCAAUGGCAAAAUGAAAAAGAUGAAGGAUUGCUUCAAGGCAGCCAGCAAAGAGUUUCGCGAUGUCUGCUAUAUGCUGCUAGGCUACAGAAUUGAUCGCGUGGGCGCCAAUAGCCACUAUCGCAUUUCGAGCAUGUAUGCAGAGAGUCCGGAUGAUUAUUUGUCAAUUAGCUUAAAUGAAUCGAAUUGCUUGGCUCUGCUGGAGUCGCCCUAUUCGCAGACACUGAAACCGGCCAUCGAUCAGCAGUUGGCAGCCAGUAAUUCGUUUCCCGCUUUCUUUGCGGCGCUCACCUUGGAGCUCUUCCAGCGUGCCACGGUCACAAUUAACUAAGGCGAACCAACAGACAUUAUGUAUACCUAAUUAUAACAACAUUUAGCAUAGUUUAGCAAUAUAUAAAUUUACACACACAGAGAGAUUAAAUGUUUAAUUUUGAA